AUGAUUGAUUUUGAUAAUUUGACGCUGGCAGACGACACUUACGCCGUCCCCGGAGACAUAGACAUGCUCAUUGGAGCAUCGCUUUUCCCUCAUAUUUUGUUACACAAUAAGGUCAGGGGCAACUCCUCGCAUACCGCGCCUUACAUACUGGAAACCGUCUUGGGCUAUGUCAUCGUUGGCUCCGCCCCUAUCAUGGAUAGUAUUUCGGCAACCUCUUAUUGUUGUAUGGCUGUCGAACCGCUCAAGUCGUUAGUCCGCAAAUUUUGGGAGAUGGAGGAGGUGAACGUUCUACCUAUAGUUAGCCCAGAUGAUAGAUUAUGCGAGGAAAUUUACGUCCGCACGACCGUUCGUGAUCGCGACGGUCGAUAUAAUGUAGCGCUACCCUUUAAAGGAGAUGUUUUAUCUCUCGGCAAUUCGCGUGAAAUGGCGGAAAAACGUUUCUAUAGUUUGGAGCGUAGGAUGCUCGCCUCACCCUGA